CCGUAAACAUGGCGGCGGCGUUACCUGCAUAACUUGUAUUUAACUUAAAAAGCAAAUGCAGGCGUUGAAUGUUUUGUUGUCAACAUUUUACAAUGUGAUCUGUAAUGAACUGUGUUCUCCGUGUUUCAAAAUUUUUCAAUUUGUUGGGGUGACUCUGGUUGGAACUCGGACUGACAUCGCUGAGAUGUUAGCCGCACACAGGUUAGAGGUUAGGAGCUGCGUGCUUCAUCCUGUUCCGUUGAGCCAUUUCACAAGGGGGCGGUGGCCGUGUUGGCUGCCGUACUGCUGGCCGCCGCGCCCUGCCUUCCGCAGGAGCCGCGGGGGGCGGUCGGGGAGUCAGUGCCGGAAGCGGCGGGGGAGCCGGCUGCCAACCUCAUUGAGCCCAUGCACGCACUGGACCCCCGUCAGCGGCACGGCUGCGGCUGCGACGGAGAAAAGACCCCCUCCUGGGCGGAUGGGGCCUCCCUCAACUGCAGCUGCUCUGGCCUCCAGCUGCUGUCCAUCCCGCCGGCGCUCAGCGACAGGCCCAUCCGAUCACUGUUAGUCCAGUCGGCAGGGAUGCAGAUUCUAAAAUCAUCAGAUCUCAACUGCUGUCGCCGCGACCUACAGGAGUUGACGCUGGAGGACCUAAAGAACCUCACCCACGUGGAAAACGGCAUCCUUCAGGAUAUGAGCCAGCUUAGAUCCCUGGCUAUGUAUCGACUAACUAGUCUCAACGACAUUCCGAAGGAGGUGUUCGAGACCCACUUGCCACGUUUACGUAUUCUGCGAAUAAUACACUCAGGCAUAAGGCGGAUCCCACCGCUAAAUUUGCUCGGAGACCAGAUUCUAGAGAUGGUGAGUCUGAAGGGUAAUGCCAACCUCCGCUUUCUUCACCCAGACGCCUUCCAGGGCAUAGACAGCUUGAGGCGACUGGACUUGUCUCGCACCGCCAUUACGAGACUCCCAACCCGUGGGCUGGAGAACCUGGAGCACCUUUUACUCCAGGACACUCAUCUUCUCAAGGUCUUUCCUGCUGCCUUCCACUUCAAGGCCCUGCAGGCGGCAAACCUCACAUAUCCGUACCAUUGCUGCUGCGCGUUCAGCCACCCAGCCGCACAUCGGCCUGAGGAGUACGCCAGCUACCAGGAGAAGCUACGGGAGGUGCAGGCACGCUGCUCUGAGCUGAACACGUCGCAGGUCAUGCUGCCAGGGCACAGACGCCCCAGGGGCACAGGCUGGGAGGAUCUCCUCCUCCAGGACGCCGACGAGACCUUCCACCAAGACAACGUGACCCUGCUGCCCGGGGUGCUGGAGGCUGUGUGCGGGGACCUGGCCCGUCCGCGGCCGCCCGUCAGCUGCUCGCCCGCGCCGGACGCUUUCUCCCCUUGCGAGGACCUGAUGGGCAACUGGUUGUUGCGUCUAGCCGUAUGGCUUGUGUCCGUGGCCGCGCUGCUGGGCAACGGCGCCGUCCUGGUGGUGCUACUGUCGCCUCGCCGCCGACUGUCCGUCCCGCGUUUCCUCAUGUGCCACCUGGCCGCCGCCGACCUGGCCAUGGGUGCCUAUCUGCUCAUGCUUGCCGUCAUGGAUGCUGUGUCGGUCGGCUCCUACUUCAACUACGCCAUUGACUGGCAGAACGGUGAGUGA